AUGUUACAAUUUAAACCAUCAAAUAAUGAUGUUCAACAAAAAAUAAAUGAUCAAAAUUCAAAAAGUAAAUUAUCAUUAUCAGAUAAAUUAAAAAAUUGGUCAAUUCAAGGUUUUGAAAAUCAUAAUAUUAGAGAUGAAUUAAAUAGAAUUAUGUCAACUAGUGAAGUUUUUAAAGUAAAAGAAUUGGAUAUGACAAAAGAGGCUAAUAGAGUGUUGGUAUUAAAACAAGUUUUAGAAAUUACUCGUGGUGUUUUUGAAAAAGGCUUAAUACAAAUUUCAGAUCUUCGUGAUGAUCCAAGUAAAAUUUUAGCAUUUAUUGAUAUAGUAUCACAAUUUGAUGAUGCAAGUUUAAUGACAAAAUUAAUUGUAAAUAAUUUUUUAUUUGGUGCCGCAGUAUUUAAUUUAGGAACAGAGAGACAUCAUAAACUAUUACCAGAUAUUCAAUCAGGAAGAUUAUUAGGAUGUUUUGCAAUGACAGAAUUAGGACAUGGUAGUAAUGUUAGAUCAUUAGAGACUACUGCUACUUAUGAUCCAAAGACCGAUGAAUUUAUAAUUCAAACACCUUAUAGAACUUCGACUAAAUGGUGGAUUGGUAAUGCUGGCCAUGCACAGAUUUCAUCGGUAUUUGCAAGAUUGAUAAUGGAUGAUGGUAAAGAUCAUGAGGUUCAUUGUUUUUUAGUACCAAUUCGUAAAUCCAAUGGAGUAGAUUUACUUCCAGGUGUGAAAAUUGGUGAUGUAGGCUCAAAGUUUGGUUUGCAUGGUGUUGAUAAUGGUUGGAUUCAAUUUGAUAAUGUUAGAAUUCCAGCAUCAAAUUUAUUAGAUCGUUUUGGGUCUGUAGAGAAUGGAAUUUACUCAUCACCAAUUAAGAAUCCAUCAAGACGUUUUGCAAAUAUUUUAGCUCAAAUGAUCACUGGUAGAAUCACCAUUAGUUUUGGGUCAACUCGUACUUUAAAGUCUGGUUUGAUAAUUGCCACCCGUUAUGCAUGUAAAAGAUUACAAUUCGGACCAACCUCAACAGGACCAGAGAUACCAAUUCUUUCAUACCCAACACAUCAACUCACCAUCAUGCCAAUGAUUGCAUCUACCUAUGCAUUCGAUGCUAUUAAAAUCUAUUUGGGUAAGAGAUUCCAAGAGAGAACUGAUGAGGCGGAAAUCCAUGUAUUGGCAUCGGGUCUCAAAGCAAUCACUUCACAAUUCACCACUGUGUCUCUAAUGGAAUUGAGAAGAUUAUGUGGCGGUCAUGGUUAUGGCGGCUAUUCACGUUUGGGUAAAUUGGUGGCCGCAAUCGAUGUAGGUAGAACAUUCGAGGGUGAUAACACACUAUUGCUCCAACAGGUUGCCAAGGAUUUACUCACACAAUUCAAGAAGGAGUACAGUGGAAACAAGUUCACUGGCACAUUGAAAUAUUUGGGCAAAAACACCAGUCUCCUCCUCAGCGGCAUGAACCCAAUCACCACCAUGCGUAGUGAUGACAACCAUUUACUCUCUUUCCAAUUCCUUUUGGAUUGCAUGGAAUUUAGAUCUUCAAAACUUUUAAUUCAAUCUGCUCAAACCGUUAGUAAGAAUUAUAAAAAAUCAAAAGAAUCAUUCACAGCAUGGAAUCAAUCUUUAGAGAUUUUAAUUCAUUUGGCUAAAGCUCACACUGAAACUAUCAUCCUUCAAAAGUUUAUUGAAAAAAUUCAAUCUGAAAAGGAUCUCGAAUUGGCUUCCAUCCUAAAGAAACUUUGCCAACUCUAUGGUCUUUACAUCAUUAGAGAGGAUUUCGAAUUCUUUAGAAAUAGUAACUACUUAAAGAAAGGUAAAGCUAAAGCUAUCAUCAAAUUAAUCGGUCAAUUAUGUUCUGAUCUCUCUCAACAAGCUAUGCUUUUAGUUAAAGGUUUUGGUAAUGAAGAAUACUUAAUGAAUUCACCUUUAGGUAUGGAGGAUGGUGAUCUCUAUGAAAAUAUUUGUAACCAAGUUGGUGGUCCUUUCACUAAAGAUAAUUAUAUUCAAUCUAAAUUGUAA